GAAACAAAAAAGGCCGACAGAAAAAAAGCUCAAAACCCUAAUCUGAGCCAAGCUCCUCCAAAGCCCAUUACACGCGUUUUAUUCUUCCCGCCGUUGCUGUGUCGCUGCCUGAUUAUGGAUCCCAAUGCUUCCGUGCUCGUUGAUAACAAUGCGUCUAAUGAGAUAGAGUCUUCUGAUACACAACCGACGAGGCGGAGGAAGAGGAAGUCUAUGGUGUGGGAUCACUUCACCACCGAAGUCGCUAGCCCUGGAAUUACCAAGGCCUUUUGCAAGCACUGCCACAAAUCCUAUGCUUACCAAAGCGGUACCAAGGCUUCAGGAACUAGCCACCUCAAGCGUCACAUUGAAUUGGACUUCAUUGGGGAGAUUCCCGGGGCGGUUAACCUUACGGUAGACUUGUGGUCGUCAAGCCAAUCAGUGGGUUAUGCUUUUGUGACUGGCCACUUUGUUGAUAAAGACUGGAAUUUGAACCACCGCCUUCUUACUGUCGCCGUUGUGGCUUCUCCUGACUCGGACACUGCCUUGAACCAACCCAUCGCGGCUUGCUUGUCCGACUGGAAACUGGAGGGGAAGAUCUCGAGCAUCACUGUCAACCAAUCAGUAGUAAGUAAAACCUGUAUUGAUAAUCUCAGAGGUUUCUUGUCUGUCAGGAACCAGCAUGUGUUGAAUGGUCAGUUGUUGAUGGGGAAAUGCUAUGCUCGGCUCCUAAGCAGUAUGGCGCAAGAUGCACUUGCAGCUGAGCAGCUUCAGUCACCCAUCAAGAAAGUCAGAGAUAGCAUCAAGUAUGUUAAGACUGACGACGCUUGUGGAGACAAAUUUGUGGCUCAAGAACCUCACUUCCAUCAAGACAUGCCUCAAGCUACCAAUACAGACAUGCCUCAAGCUACCAAUACAGACAUGCCUCAAGCUACCAAUACAGACAUGCCUCAAGAUACCAAUACAGACAUGCCUCAAGGUACCAAUACAGACAUGCCUCAAGAUACCAAUACAGACAUGCCUCAAGAAACCAAUACAGGGAAUGGACAAUCAGGAGAUGAGACAAGUCCACAAGUAGAGCAAACCACUAAGUCACAUCCAGUAGCAGAAGAGGAACAGAAACUUGGUGAUGACUCUCGAGCAGCAGAGGAAGACGACACGACAUUAACCGUAGAGGAAAUCACAGAGUCACAUCAAGAUGAGAGACAGCCUAAGGUAGAGAAGCCGAGUGUGGAAGGGGUAUGGAAAGGAGCGAGUGAAGAGUGUCAGCUAACAGAAAAUGGCCAGCAAAAUGGUGAUGAUUCCCAAGCACAUCCAAUAGCAGAGGAAGACCACAUGUUAUUUGCGGGUGACGUGCUACUCCAGGAAGGGUCUACUCUAGUGACAAUUGGAGACUCGUUGUCAGACUUUGAGUUUUGCAUCUCAGAGAUCAAACCGGAGCUGAAUCAGUACCUGGAGGAAACUUUGAUUCCGAGGUCGGAAGACUUUGACGUUCUGAGCUGGUGGAGGCUCAACAGUACCAGUUAUCCCACCCUCGCUAAGAUGGCUGCCGAUCUUCUCUCCAUCCCCUUUAUCACCGUCUCGCCUGAUUCCGCAGCAGAG